UCAGACGUCAGUCCGACAUAGAGCCACACGCAGGCCGACCGCCUCGCGCCGUCCCGCGACACGCGAACAUCGCCACACAUGUUCGUCUCCUCCAAAAAAAUCACUCGAAAAGCAACUAUAUCCACCCUUCACAGCCGCUUGUUCGCUAGUUUCCUAACAUCGUCCUCAAUGAACAUGUUGGCCCUAAAUAAAAAGUUUAUCGACCCUAACACUAGCGCUAUAACCAACCCUUAUUCUCUAUAGUCACAAUCGCCCCCUUUAAUUAUCGACUCCCCUAAAGUUUGAAAAAUCCAACUCUCGACUUAGCCCUUUGCUUUAAUAUUUUUAUUGCUCAUGUCUCUUGAUAUCGUAAUAGAUCAUCACUUUGAGAUAGAUUUCGACACGACCAGCAGCGCUUCCUUCUUCAUUUAUUUCCUAGAUUGACUAAUUAACUUGUUGCAGUGAUAAUUAUUUUUUCCUCAAUUUGACUAACCGGAAAGCUCUCGUGGCGUUGAGGCUGUUGUGGGCGUUUAAACUAAGUUGCCAAACGGUUUUGCGUCACCGUUAUCUGUAAUCAGGUCAAUCAAGGCGCACUGAACCAUGACGCUUGGUUGACAUUGGCGCUUUGAACCUUCCCAUUGUGAGUGGUGAAUGUGAUAUUAGUGAUAGGGUCUGAUCUCGUGUAACUGUGGCGCCUGGUACGUGAGGAGCGCCGCAGCAGCGGAUGUGCACACCGCUGCCACCGUGGUGGUUCGUGCCGGCUGGAAUGCCAGCUGCUCUUGACCUAACUAGGUACAAGAGCGGGGUGCGCUCAGUGAGGAGCGGGGGCGGCGGUGGCGCGGAAGAGGCGCGGCGCGGCGGCCUCAAGGCGCUGCCGAAGCGCGCCCGCACUCGCUGCAGGGGCAUGAACAUGGGGCAAAAGCUGUCCGGCGGUGUUAAGUCGGUGUCGCGCGAGUGCACGGCGCCGUUCAAAGCGGUGGUGGCGCGAGAGCUGGCGCCGGAACCUCCGCGGCCCGCGCGCCUCGACGCGCUACUGGACGCGCCGCCCGCGCAUCCCGAGCUCCAGCUCAAACAUGCAUGGAAUCCAGAUGACAGAUCACUAAAUAUAUUUGUAAAAGAAGAGGAUGCGUUAACGUUCCACCGACAUCCAGUAGCGCAAAGUACGGACUGUAUCCGGGGCCGCGUGGGGUACUCGCGCGGACUCCACUGCUGGGAGGUGGUGUGGCCGGCCAGGCAGCGUGGUACACACGCCGUCGUCGGAGUUGCCACUGCACAUGCGCCUCUGCAUUCCGUCGGCUACCAGAGCCUAGUCGGUGCCACUGACCAGAGCUGGGGAUGGGAUCUAGGCAGAAAUAAGGUGUAUCACAACGCUAAAGGCACGGGCGGGAGCGGCACUACGUACCCAGCACUGCUGCGGCCCGACGAACAGUUCCUGGUGCCCGACCGGCUGCUGGUCGUGCUCGACAUGGACGAGGGCACGCUCGCGUUCUGCGCGGACGGUCGCUACCUGGGCGUCGCCGCGAGAGGCCUCCGCGGCAACACACUCUAUCCUAUCGUGUCGGCCGUGUGGGGGCAUGCAGAAAUCACCAUGAAGUACAUUGGCGGCCUCGAUCCGGAGCCGCUGCCGCUGAUGGAGCUGUGCCGGCGCGUGAUCCGGCAGCGCGUGGGGCGGCCGCGGCUGCAGGCGGCGGCGUCGCGGCUGGCGCUGCCGCCCGCGCUCACGGCCUACCUGCUGUACCGCGCGCCCUAGCCGCCCGCGCCCCCCGCGCCGCCCGCG